AUGUUGCGUGUUGCUGUGCUUUUGUGUGCGGUUGGGCUGGCGGUGGCGACCCCGUCACUUGCUAGGACCCGAGAGGAGAUAGAAGCCUUUAGGCAUUUCUUGGAAAGCACAAAGACCAACGAUGGCGCCAGAAUUCUGUCACGCAACAAAAUAUCACCCCUCGCUAACCCGGAGGAGAACAGUGGAAAGUUCCAGGGUGACAUUAUCCUGGACGACUUCAUGAUUGAAGCCAUGAUACAGGACUAUGCCACUGGUCGCAACGCGUAUAUUUGGCCUGACACCAAGUGGCCUAAAAACACCGUGGUAUGGGAAUUCGGAGAGGAUGAAUUUGGUCCUCUGCAGCAAGCAGCCAUCAAAGAUGCCAUUCAAGACAUUGAGAACAACACAUGCGUGAGGUUCCGCUACCGUGAGCCAGAAGAUGAAGUCUACGUUAAAGUUACAGGAGGUCCGGGCGGCUGCUACGCGCACGUUGGUUACUGGGAGGAACGCGGAGUCCACACCAUGAACCUGGCCAGGAACUACCCGGGUAUCGGCUGCUUCCGCCACGCCACCAUCGUCCACGAGUGGAUGCACAUCAUUGGCUUCUUGCAUAUGCAGUCCACCUACAAUAGAGACGAAUAUGUGAAGAUUGUCGAGGAGAACUUGAUUUCCGGCACUGAACACAACUUCGACAUCUACGGUCCAGACCUCGUGAGCAACCUGGGCGUGGAGUAUGACUAUGUGAGCUGCCUGCACUACGGGCCAUACGCUUUCUCUUCUAACGGAGAAGCUACUAUCGUCCCACUAAAAGAAUUCGAGGGUGUCAUGGGACAGCGUGAAUUCAUCACAGAGAAGGACUGGCUACGGAUCAACAGACAUUACGACUGCGCAGGAGCAUGGGAUUAAAUCACUGAUAUUUAUUUAAAUUUUUAAUUUAUUAAGCAAUAUACUCGU